UCCCAUGCCGCGCCUGCUGCGCCUCCUCCCUCCGCUCGGCCCCCUCGCCCCACUGUGCCGCAUGUCCUCCACGCGCGCCACGUCCAGCGGCGCCUCGGGCUCCGCGCUCGCCGCGCGCCCGCUCUCGGGGAUCUUCGGCGUCAACAAGCCGUCGGGCCCGACGUCGAUGGCGCUGCUCGAGGACCUCAAGGAGCUGCUGGCGCACUCGAGCCUCUUCCGCAACGCCGACGGCAGCGUGCCGGCGAGCAGCGGCGGCAAGGGCUGGCGCGGCGGCAAGCGCGGCCGCGGCAAGGGCAGAAAGGCUCCCGGCGCGCCGGCGCCGCCCAAGAUCGGCCAGGGCGGCACGCUCGACCCGCUCGCUGACGGCGUGCUUGUCAUCGGUGUCGGUUCGGGCACGAAGCAGCUGCAGCGCUUCCUCGACUGCACCAAGACAUACCGCACGACCGGCCUGCUGGGCACAGCGACGACGUCGUACGACUCACAGGACCCGAUCCUGCUGCGUGCUCCGCACACGCACGUCACCCCUGAGCUGCUGCGCUCCUCCAUCCCGCGCUUCACGGGUCCGCAGCAGCAGCUGCCGCCGCUGUACUCGGCCAUCAAGAUCGACGGCAAGCGGCUCUUUGAGUACGCGCGCGAGGGCCUGCAGCUGCCGCGCCCGAUCCCCGCUCGCAGCGUUGAGGUCAAGGAGCUGGCGCUUGUUGGCUGGCACAAGGCGGGCGAGCACCAGUGGCGCGAGCCGGAGCAGGAGUGCGAUGAGACGGAAAAGGGCCUGGUCGGGCGUGUGCGGCAGCUGGCUGGCCUCGACCCCGCACCCACCGAGGCGCCUCCAUCAGGUGCCACAACAGAUGAGACUGAGCCAGCCGAUGCGCCACCGGCGGCCUUCACGCUCGACAUGACCGUCACGUCGGGCACGUACGUGCGCAGCAUCGUGCACGACCUCGGCGCGGCCGUCGGCAGUGCGGCCCACGUCGUGCGCCUCACGCGCUCGCGGCAGGGAGAGUUCAGCAUCGGCGAGCUCGGUGCCGCUGGCGGCGCUGUGCUGCCGACAGAGGAUGCUCAGCCGGCUGAGAAGGUCGAUGAAAAGGCACCAGCUGCGGCCGCGGACGCAGCGAGCGAAGCACCAGCAUCUGGCGCUGAGACGCCAGUGUCUGGCGCCGAGGCUGCAGUGUCUGCCGGUGACGCGGAAGUACCGAAGGAAGAAGCGGCGGCGGCGGCGGUCACCGGCACCGAGGCGCCGGCGAGCGCACCAGCGACAGUGCCCGACGAGGUGGCGCUGCCGGGCAACUGCAUCGAGUGGAGCGUCUUUGCCGAGGCGCUGGCCGACCUCGAGGCGGACCGCGUCGUGCGCGACGAGAACGGCCUGGCCGAGUGGGAGCGUGUGCUGCUCAGCCGCAUCCAGCCGUGCUAGACACCGCGCUGCUGUACAACAAAAGGAAAAGGACAAGACUCCAUCCACGGGUUUAUGCGUCACAUUCACGAGCGAGCAAAUAGAUGAAGCACACAG